AUGAGAAAAAGCCUCAUCCCAAAUCCCAACAACAGCCCUCUCCUUCAACGGCUGCUCAGAAAGGCGUCCACUGCAAGCAAAAGAAAUGUAACAGCCACCGUGUUCAACAAGGUGGAGACUGUGGAGAACAAGAUGAAGUGGACCAACGUGCUCUACAAGGCUGAAGAACUCGAAAUCAAAGACGACGAGGACAUGCUGCGCUCCUCGUUAAAGAAGGAGUGGGGCGAUCGAAGCAAGAAUAUCGUGGAGAAGAUGCAGAAACGGCAGGAAGAGACGGAAGAACAUCCGACAUCAUCCAUAGUGACGGUGGGGGCGGCGGCCGGCGGCCUGCUGGGCGGAUGGAUGGUGGAGAAGUUCGGCCGGAAGCUCAGUCUGAUGUUCUGCUCACUGCCGUUCGUCUUCGGUUUCACCAUGAUCAUCGCAGCUCAGAACGUGUUCAUGCUGUACGUCGGCAGAGUGCUCACCGGCCUCGCCAGCGGGGUCACCUCACUGGUGGUCCCGCUGUAUAUCUCUGAGAUGGCCCAUGAGCGGGUACGCGGGACCUUAGGCUCCUGUGUGCAGCUCAUGGUGGUGAUAGGCAUCAUGGGAGUGUAUCUCGCAGGGCUCUACCUAGACUGGCGCUGGCUGGCAAUCUGCUGCUCCAUCCCGCCUACGCUGCUGAUGGUCUGCAUGUGCUUCAUGCCAGAGACGCCGCGCUUCCUUCUGUCACAGGGCAAGAGGCGGGAGGCCGAGGAGGCGCUGCGUUUCCUACGAGGCCCGGACGCCCCCAUCGAAUGGGAGUGCGCCCGCAUCGAGGACGCCUGUAAUGAGGAGGGCUCUAGAUUCCAAAUGUCUGACCUGAAAGACCCUGGAGUCUACAAGCCUGUGAUGAUCGGGGUCAUGUUGAUGAUAUUUCAGCAGAUGACGGGAAUCAACGCCAUCAUGUUCUACGCAGAGAACAUAUUUGAACAGGCACAUUUUAAGGAGAGUGACCUGGCCUCGGUGAUCGUGGGUCUGAUUCAGGUGGUCUUUACGGGAGUGGCCGCGCUGAUCAUGGACAGAGCUGGAAGAAAAAUCCUUCUCAUCAUCUCAGGUGUUGCCAUGGCGAUCAGCACCACAGCGUUCGGGGUUUACUUCUACCUGGUGUCUAAAAAUCACCCCCCCACACUGGGACUCUUGGUGCUGGACAUCCAGAGCACAGCGGGCGAAGAACCCCAUGCUGACCUGGCCUGGCUGGCCCUGGCCAGCAUGGCUGUCUUCAUCACAGGUUUCGCUCUCGGUUGGGGUCCCAUCCCGUGGCUGAUUAUGUCGGAGAUCUUCCCGUACAAAAUUAGGGGGGUGGCCAGCGCAGUGUGCGUCCUCACCAACUGGAGCAUGGCUUUCAUCAUCACCAAAACCUUCCAAGACAUGAUGAGUCUUCUGAGCAGCGCAGGAACCUUCUGGCUCUUCGCCUCCAUGUGCACCGCCAACGUCAUCUUCACCAUCGCCUUUGUCCCAGAGACAAAGGGCAAGACACUGGAGCAGAUCCAAGCCAUCUUCAGAGGGACGUCAGGUCCAUGAAGGCCCUCCUGAAGAAACACACAUGACAUAAACUGAAAAGUCCCAGACCUUCUAUAUCUGGGCUGACUAAUGCUCAGGACUCUUCGCGGGAAUUUAAACUAAUUAUUUUCAGUCAGUAUGAUUUAAAGUUAAAUUCAUAAAAUAAUUUUUUUCAAGGAUUUAUUGGAAAGUUGUUAUAACAACUGUAAUAUGUAAUGAAUGUCACAAUGUGGGCGAACGCGUUACAACGGCCCAAAACACUUCCAUUAGGAGUAACGUGUUGCAAUUAAAAAAAAUAAUGCAAAAAACCCCACAAAUGUGACAAAACACAUGCAAAAUAAGAACCAUCUUCAACUUGACAGCACAUGCCCAGCAUUUUGAAAACCUUCACCAACUUGAGGAAACAUGCAAAGGGUUUACUAAAAGCAGAUGCAAAACACUGCAAAUAAAGAAAAAAAGCUGUUUCCAUUUUGUUUUGAGCUUCUUGCAGUGAUUCGUUUGUGCAGCGAUUUUAAGAAACUCUGCGUAUGUUACGUCAAGUUGGCAAAGAUGUUUCUUCCUUUGGAUGUGUUUUGGCACUUUAGAGUGUUUAUAUUUACAUCGAUUUUCAGUGCAGCGCUUUUCUCCUUCCUCUGAUUUGGACCGCUGCAGCGUGUUUGCGCGGAUCGUCCACUGUAGAAUGUUUUACAUAUUGCUUUCUAAAGGUGUUUUUUAACAAAAUUCAACAGAUGCAGUGUCUUAAUGUAUUACAUUGUGUCAAUUGUUUUACAUCAUUUGGUGUUUUUAGAUAAUGUGUUGGUUUUAUUGAAAUAAUUCAGAUCAUGUUUACAGGGUGUGGUUUAUGGUUGAACUGUAUUGAUUUUUAAUGAAGUCUGUUUCUAAUAUUUUGUAUAUGAGUGAGGUGAGAUUACACUAAACUCAUCUCUUAAGCGUUGACCAAUCACAACAGAGCCGGCCAGCUAACCAAUCAAAGCAGACUGGGCUCUGGUUU